CGACGGCGGACGUGAAAAUCGGCAGAAAACCGGAGGAAAAUCCCUGAAGAGAUUUUCAAACAGAGGAAAAGCUGUCUUCGACGGAAGGCUGAAAUAUUUUCAUUGUGCGGUGAAGAACAACUGAUAGCGAAACCGAGCCAAAAACUUUUCGCCUAUGGCCCCGACCCAACAAUAAUAUUUAACGGGAGUGCGAGUGGAAGUGGAAGAACUCAAAGGCUCAGUCAAUUAGCAAUGACGGCUCUGUGAGCGGCUGAGAACGAGGUUUUUGGCCAGGCCAUCGAAUAAGGAGCUCAGUUCCGGCGACGACGGAAAUGGCUGCUUAAGUGGUGCGCAUCCGAACCGGAACCACCGGCAGUCGAGCACACAACCGCCACUCAACCCAUUAGCCGGGCCCACAAAGAUGGCCAACUUGAGCUGGAUGAGCACUUCCAGCAGCAGCAGCAGCAGCAGCAGCACGAACAGCACCAUCACCAUCACCACCACCCAGAUUCCCCUGGCCAGUCCGACCAACUGGAGCCUGACUCCGCCGGGAACCACUAGCUCGACCAUCCUGGCGGAUGUGGCCGCUGCUGCAGCUGCGGCGGCUGCGGCGGCGGCGGCAGAGGAGGACCGGAGCGGCGGGAUCAUCGGCAACCAGUUCGUGCAGAUCUUCUUCUACGUCCUGUACGCCACCGUCUUCGUGCUGGGCGUCUUUGGCAACGUGCUGGUCUGCUACGUGGUGCUGCGCAAUCGGGCCAUGCAGACGGUGACGAACAUAUUCAUCACGAACCUGGCCCUCUCGGACAUCCUGCUGUGCGUGCUGGCGGUGCCCUUCACGCCGCUCUACACGUUCAUGGGCCGCUGGGCCUUCGGCCGCAGCCUGUGCCACCUGGUGUCCUUCGCCCAGGGCUGCAGCAUCUACAUAUCCACACUGACGCUGACCUCCAUCGCCAUCGACAGGUACUUCGUGAUCAUCUAUCCCUUCCAUCCGCGCAUGAAACUCUCCACGUGCAUCGGGAUCAUUGUGAGCAUUUGGGUGAUAGCCCUGCUGGCCACCGUGCCCUACGGCAUGUACAUGAAGAUGACCAACGAGGUGGUCAACGGCACGCAACUGGCCAACGAGACGCUGGUGCAGGCCACACUCAUGCUGAACGGCAGCUCGGGGUACGUGGAAGAGCCGGACGCCACGUCGGCGGCCCAGGCCUACAUGCAGGUGAUGACAGCGGGCGGAGCGGGGGCGCAGAUGCCCUACGUGCGGGUGUACUGCGAGGAGAACUGGCCGUCGGAGCAGUACCGUAAGGUGUUCGGGGCCAUCACCACCACGCUGCAGUUCGUGCUGCCGUUCUUCAUCAUCUCCAUCUGCUAUGUGUGGAUCUCGGUGAAGCUGAACCAGCGGGCCAGGGCCAAGCCGGGCUCGAAGUCGUCGCGGCGGGAGGAGGCGGACCGGGACCGCAAGAAGCGCACCAAUCGCAUGCUCAUCGCCAUGGUGGGCGUGUUCGGACUCAGCUGGCUGCCCAUCAAUGUGGUGAACAUAUUCGAGGACUUCAACGACCGCACCAUCGAGUGGCGCUUCUACAUCCUGUUCUUCUUUGUGGCCCACUCGAUAGCCAUGAGCUCCACCUGCUACAAUCCCUUCCUCUACGCCUGGCUGAACGAGAACUUCCGCAAGGAGUUCAAGCACGUGCUGCCCUGUUUCAAUCCCUCGAACAACAACCUGAUCAACAUCACCAGGGGCUACAACCGCAGUGAUCGCAACACCUGCGGUCCGCGCCUGCACCACGGCAAAGGGGAUGGAGGCCUGGAUGCCGACGACCAGGACGAGAACGGCAUCACCCAGGAGACGUGUCUGCCCAAGGAGAAGCUGCUGAUCAUCCCGCGCGAGCCCACAUAUGGCAAUGGCACUGGCGCCGUCUCGCCCAUCCUCAGUGGGCGGGGCAUCAAUGCCGCCCUGGUCCACGGCGGCGACCAUCAGAUGCACCAGCUCCAGCUGCAGCCGUCGCACCACCAGAACUUGGAGCUGACGCGAAGGAUACGCCGGCGCACGGACGAGACGGACGGCGACUACCUGGACUCCGGCGACGAGCAGACCGUGGAGGUGCGCUUCAGCGAGACGCCCUUCGUCAGUACGGACAACACCACCGGGAUCAGCAUCCUGGAGACCAGCACGAGCCACUGCCAGGCCUCCGACGUGAUGGUCGAGCUGGGCGAGGCAACCGGCGCAGGCGGAGGGCAGCUCGGGCGGCGGUUCAACUGAGACAGGAUUUUCGAAACGCAUUUCUAAGCAUCUUCUUGGACGGACUUCUAUUGAAUUGUGCCAGUAAUUCAAGCCAAAAUAAUGCAGGGAAAUGUCAGCUGGAUCUCGGAGGUCCUUUUGUAAGAAACACUUCUCCGCAUGGAUGAGUAGAGAAAUGCUGAUAAAUGGCAAAUCAAGUGACAACGAUGUGGAAAGUGGUGGCAAGGAGGUUGGUUGUCUAGCAAUUGGCUGAAACAGCUACACAAGUCAUUGAUAUCAGAGGUGUGUGUGUGUGUGUGUUUGUGUGUGUGGUGUAUAUAUUUUAUGGGUGUGACUGGGUGGGGUAAUGGAGUGUGUGUGUGUGGGGUGUGACUGGGCCCAAAGGCAGAACGGCCUCUUUAUAAAGCUAUUUUUUCCCGAAUUUUUCGUUGCCAUUCAAGUCGCGACAAUUGCCGGGCCAUUUCGCAUAUUUACAAUGCCUCGAAGGGUGAUUUCAGCCGCUCUCCGAAGAACAGUUUGCCUUUGUCGCUUUCAAUUUGUACCUAACAACUGUCAGACAUUUGUCGUUUUGGUUUGGCUUUCGCCAGUCACACGGAAUUAAAUUUCGAGCGACGCUUUUUGGCCCAAUUGUGUGGAAAUAUGUCAACGCAAGGCCUCCCCCUCGAACUCGUUGUUUGCCCUGCAGAACAGAAGAAAAAUAAUUUUCUCGACUUCAAAAAAGCAAACAUUUCCACGGCUGAUGGAGCAACUAUAAGGCCAAAAAAAAAAGCCAUGUGUAAGCUGACAUUGAUGAGAUUUGCAGGGCCAACAGAAUCGGAUCGGUGAAAUCACGAGUAUUGAGGCUGACUGACAGUUGGCAUUGGCCAAAACACCGGCAGCAGGCAUUCAACUGGAAUUUAACUGGAAUCGCAUUAAAGUCCCUUCCUGAUAUGAUUAUUUUUGUAUUACAUUCUUAGUGCAGUAUCACAAUGGAUUGCCAAUAUUAUAACUUUGUAAAAUAUUAAUAUUUAAUUCAAGGAAAACAUUUCUGAGUUCAUAUGCUAAAAUAUAACAAAACGUCCUUAAGCUUUUCCCCCUUUUCACUAAAGUUCCAGCAAUAUCAGUGCGUUUAUAGGUAAAUGGAAACGUGAGAAUGCAUUUUGUGUGUGAGCAUAAUAAAUAACUAGCUGGCAGUCGUGCACAUAAAAGUAAAACUAUUUUAUCACGAAAUUUUCAUAGCUAAUAAAAUGUGUCAGGUCUAAGACAGCCACGAAGGCAUUUUCUUAUGGGUAAGCUACUCGACAAGCUUGUAAAGUGUUUUCGAGCAUAGACAUACUAUAUAUAAUAUAUAAAGUAUAUAUCUAGGCACUAAGCUGUAAGAAUGUCGGUUAAUAGCAUCAAAUGCUAAAAAUAAAUUGGGUAAGGAAAUGGGAUGACAAAAGUGUAGGGCCAAAACCAAAAUUACGCAAAAUUGUGCUGACCAUGAGCCCCGCUUUUGAAAGUUUAAGUCUGGCUUGAAUUAGGCUUUCAAAAACAUGUCACAUGCUUUGGUGUACUUUUGGUUUUCUCUACUUUGAUCACAAGUUUCCACUGCGUAUACGUAAUUAUUGAUAGUGUUAGUCAGCGAUUUUAACGCUAAUAAGUUAGACAGCGAAGAAUGUUUAAUUGCUGAAGUGCAUGAGAAUACUCAUUGAUAAACUAAAGGUAAUUAAGAAAGGCAUUAAAGUACGAAAGGGUCUCAUCAAAGGAUUAAGAAAUUUAAAUAAGAAAUAAAAUAAUAUAAAUAAAUUAAUUUAGGAUACUUUACUGAACUCUUAGCUACAAUUGAAUGUUGGCUGUUGUAUCAAUGUAUUACGAACGAUUAAGAUAAGUUAUGGAAACUUGGAAAGGCAUUUUUAUAAGUAAAAGGUUAUUAUAUAUGUAGACUAAUGAAAUUAUAAAACUAUUUAAGGCAAGAUCAUACCAAAAACUUAAUUGUAAACGUGAAACUCACUAUAAUAUAUGUCUUAAGAAAUUCAUCAAAGCGAAAUCGUAAUUUAAAACAGGCGUAAGUUAAGGAAAAUGUUGUUGUUUCAACUUACCACUAGUUAAGGGUUGUGUUUGUAGCAAGUAAAAGUUAAUUGGAAAAAUAUUGUACAAGAAAAAAUGCACAAUUGGAAAUAACAAAUAUAAAAAUUAUGUAUAAAUAGCAAAAAUGUAAACAAAUCAAUGUGAAAAUUAACAAAAAUAUUGAAGCUUCAGUUAAAAUGCAUGUUAAUAUCACCAAUGAGACACAGCUGAGUAUUAAACAUUAAAUAACAACUAUUCGCAAGUAGACGAAAAGGAUGUUUUUAAGAAGCAUUACUACACACGAAUAAAUAAUGGAUGUUGAAACAAA